AUGUUCUUCAAACGUCCUCGCUCACUUAUGGACCGGAUAUUCACUGGCCCCUCAAACACCGACAUCCUAGAUGAAAACGUUGAACCUACCAACAGGCACAUCUACCAGAUGCCGAUGAGUGGGCUUGCUACGCUCCCAGGCGUAGGGCACCUUCGCCACUUGCCCAAUUCCUUGUUCCGUGUCUCCAAUCUCACCCUACUUGGAAAGCGCCAUCUCCAAAUCCAUGGGCUUUUGAAGGAUCCCGAGCUCAUUUCUAAUGCCAUGAGACAGGAGAGUCUGCAUGAUGUCUAUUUGGUCGGUACACCAGAGAGGUGGUCUCGUCUCUUAAAGGGAAAGCUCCAUUCUGAAUGGUCUCUCUAUUGCAAGGGCCACUUUUACUAUCUUGCAAAGGAAAGCAAGGAAGCGCUCGUUGCAAAAGACUUUCAAUGCUUAGAACCGGACGGCGUUAGCCAGCGGACUCGCUCGCCAUUGAUUGCAUACCAUUUCGGAAAGACAGAUUACGCACCAGCCCAGAUUCGUCGCAUUGCCAGGUGGAUUGUCGCUGAGAUGUCACAACUAAGAUUCUGUUCAAAGAAUGAUGGGCACUUUGUCUCAGCGCUGGCUCUUCGCAUCAUAUGCACACCCCGAUCUAGCGCGGUGAUUAUAGGCAGUCGCUCCCAGAUCUGGGCCCAGGACUGUUGGCUCGCAACUGUCGGUUCGCAGCUGCUGAUCCCCAAUGGAUUUUAUACCGGGUUUGUGAUCGUCGGCACCAAUGAGGAUGCUCCUGGCGGCUGCGCGAGGCAAGGCCACAUCUUCAGAGUGGAGACGGCAGCCCGAUACCUUGCUGGCUGCUGGACGAAAGGGCUUCUAGGUCAGAUUCCCCUACCCCCUCCCGAAGCCCUCGCUGCAGGAGCUUUGAUUAUGGGAGACGUACACGUCAAUUAUGGGCAGCCGAAUACUACUGAGGGGAACGCUGGAGCCCGUGGAGAGUCAAGUCGUACCCAGACCCUAUACCAUAGCACAGGGAAGAUGGGCGUGUCGUUCUAUCCUUGCUGGGAAAGGCCCCGGUGGGUCAUUAUUCUCGGCCUUCGUGAAAGUUCGUAUAAUGGGAGUACCGAUGGCCUCCGAAUCCCCAGUUGA